UUAAAACACAAAAAACAAUUAAGCAAAUCGCAGUGUUUUUCAGAUCCUUGCAGAGUAAUUGACACACCGCACAAUAUCACAUUUGCAUAUCCUACCCAACAAACGCGUAUAAAUGCAUAAACGUCCCUACAUAAAAUUUCGCAUCCCCCAUCCGUCAUGACAUGGCAAUCCGUCAUGCCGUAUUAUGCGAAGUGCAUGCAAAUCAUGCAAACGUGGUGUGCUAUUAAAUCCACACUGUUCAUAUUGCUCACCACUAUUUAACAGACCUCCUUCCAAGCAUGUCGUAUGAAAAGUGGUGGCAGUGUGCAUACUAAAGUAGUUAUUGAAUUAAAUAAUUUUUUUUAAAUUUUAACUAAUAAAUGAGACACGUCAUUUAAUAAAAAAUGAUACACAUGGAGAUCGCUUGUGUUCUGUUUUCCGUCGCGAUAUUUGUCUCCCAUGUCGCGGCGAGACCAACUUUCGAUCGAUUCUCAUUCGAUGACAAUUAUGAGGACGUCAGUGGAAAUAUUGGGCACAGCGAUCCUGCCCCUGAUCCGGCUCCUCGAAUCGUUGAACAAGUCAGAUAUCAACCCGGGUAUCGAGAUGGUGAGGGUCACCAUGGGGAGGAGAGAAUCCUCAGAAAUACGGGACCACCGCGACCAUUGAAAUAUCGCAUCGAACGGAAAGGAACGAAUAAGGUGACGCUGUGCUCGAAAAACGCCAAGUGCCAUGAUCAAGUUUACGAUAUCAAUCAAUUCAAUGUGCGAAAGGAUUAGUGAAUAUUGACCAAAAAAGGCUAAUAGAAAUUUAUUAUUUAUUCUACUACUAUAAAUAUUUAUCAUUUGCAAAAUCCCAUGUUAUCAAUUUAUGGGAUAAAGGAUGACGUGAAUAUUAAAUUCAACCUUAUAGCUUAACAAAUAUACAAAUGAUGAGGGUAGUCAUGUCGAGUUUCGCCACAUAAUUGGAUUGGAUUGGAAACCAGCUUAUAUUAGCUGAUAUUUGUUGACAGUUGAAUAAAGGUUUACAAUACAAUACAAUAAUUUUGAAAAAAGGUUAGAGGUACCUAAAUUAACAUACCAGCUUUAGAGAUACGCAAAUUCGUAUCAAUUUUCAAGCAAAUAUUCUUCAGGAACUUGUCAAUUGUUUCUUUUACUAACGAUUCGAACUCAUAAUUAAUACAUCAAAAACUGAUAUUAAAUAUGCAUAAAGUAGAUUCAGUUAAAGUAGUAAAACAUCAUACAUAGAGCGGGUCCUAUAGGAACCCGAUCACUAGGAAUUUCGGUCAGAAAAUGGUCAAAAAUGAUUUUUAAAAUCUCAAUUUCUUUGCAAAAUAUUAUAAAUAUAUCUAGCAUCCAAUUUCCGGAACAAAUAAGACUUCAGUCCAUAGUCAAUCUCGUAUUUAAUGUUCUUCUACACGUCCGCCAUUACUGCAUUUUCGGAAGACUUUGCAACUUCAUUGCUAAUUAUCUCUUACCUCAAUCGAGAUUUUCUUAAAGUAUCGACUGUUUCACAAAGCUGGGAGUAUGUCUUCUUACAUACGGCCCACAUUUUUUUAUUGUGCGAAGAUAAGGGUUGAAUGUGAGGUGAUUAUUUUUCAACAUCAAACUUAAUUUCUUUCCGAUUUUUUCCAUGACAGUUUUUGCAUGGUGGAAUGGUCCAUGGUCGGUCCAAAAAAUUACAUUUUGUAUUUUAUGAUACCUCUGUAUGAAAGAAAUCAGACGGUCUAUUACACAUUUCUGGAAACUAACCUGUGCUCCCACACAGUCCAUGCGAACUUAGGGGUCCCAAACAUGCCCAAUUUGGCCCAACACCAGCAAAUCGAGAAUUUCUUGGGAAAUUUUUAAAAACAUUUUAAUUUCUCGUCGAUUUUCACUUCAGAUAUAUAUUUGCCAUGAAAAAAUUACCUCCUCAGAAUUUCUGUGAAGUUAUUAACGACGUAGGAAUCGUGGCCGAUGUCCAACUUUUUUGGUGAAAAUUUGCUGUAAAGCUUGGGAAGUCUUGCGUUUACCAUUUAUUCUUGACGUUCCGUAUAUUCUGGUACAGAUUUCUUUGCAUACGUUUUGACCCACAAAUUAUGGGCCUUAAUAUGAUGCACGUAGUUUAUAUUAAUCUUUGAAUUCUUGGCCGUAUCAGGCACUGACAUGGAGUGAUACUCUCCAAAAACAAAUUCAAUCGUUUUUAACUUUCAAGCGGUCAUUAUGAUGGUAUUUACUCAUGAUGCGUAUUUGAGGUCGACAUUUUCCGAUUCUCCAUACUUUUUUCUGUAAGUCUUAGUUUUUGCACAGCCAAGCCCUUCUCCGUUGAAAUGUAGUCAAGUGUUCUUCGAGUAGUUGUCCCACAAAUUUUGGUACUUACAAAAACUCGAUUCUCGAGUUCGUCGCUUUGAAAUGAUGUGGGAAAUUUUUGUUUGAUUGAAAACUUAUGAAAUUUUGGGGGUGCGUGGCUAGAUAUAUUUAGCAGAUUCUGCGCGAAUUUCGGAUUUUUAAACCCAUUUUUGACGACUCCGCCAUUAAACUCCCUAGUGAUGGGGUUCCUAUAGGACUCACUCUAUUUUAUGAUGAAAUAAAAAAAUCAAAACUACACUUUAUUUCAGAAAUAUUUAAAAUUUUAUAAUUCCCUAAUUCCUCAAAAGUCAUGUCAGGAAAAUUUUUUUACAUACAUACACACAUACCUAUGUAUGCGUACAAGUCGUUACUCUUGCAUAAGCAGUAAUUAAUUUCUCAAAUAUUUUGAAACGUAUGCAUGACUCCUUCUAGUUCAAUGACUUUCAUUGCUUUUAGAUACGAUACUAUAGAGCAAUUGUUUUAUUGUACAUUUGUUUCAUUGUUUCCAAACACCACUACAAAAUCUGUUUGUACACAUACAUAUGUCUAUAUAUUAAUGACACACUUUAUUUUCUCACGGGCACCUUCAUCUCCUCAAAAUAAAUUGAUUACAUACCUAAAUUCAACACAAAUACAAAAUUUCACUCCUCUUUACACUAAAGUGCUUCCACGAUGAAAUAAGGUAACGUACAUAUAUUAUGUCGUAUAAAAGGUGGGUGCGUGGUUUUUGGAUGCCCUCCUUGCUCGUCGCAAGGUUAACAUUUGCUACAAUGUUAAUGGGCUAGGUGCGUUAUGUACAAAAUUUUGAUGACGUUAUAUAAGAACGUUCCCCAAACAAUAAGAUUCACUCGAGUAGAAGGACUCACUCUCUCCCUUGACAACAAACAACAAUAAUUCGGCAACAAACAACGACAGAAUUUGGUGACAUGGCUUUUUUAAUCGAAACACUUGAAUUCAUUGCAAUUUCCUUGAUCGUAUUUACAUAUUUCAUUAUUAUAUUGUUACAUGGAUUACAUAUAAAUAGAUAUAAAUUAUUAUUAUACAAUGUCAUUGCAUAUAUUAUAUUUCUAUAUCAUGUUACAUUAUCAUAUUUAAAAUCGCCAAUUAAAUAUUACAAAUUAACAACCAACGAGGAGGCGACGCUUUCUCGAACGGUAGGGUUGGAACUAUAGGCAUAAUUAAUAAAAGCCGUUUUUACAUAAGGAAAGCAUGGGGUACAAAUGGCUUUAAUUAUAAUAUGUCGAAUAUAUGUCAGUUGUUGCCUUAACCUGUGCUUACCUCUAAGUUGAUACAGUCGUUAAUAUUACUUUGUUUCGUAAACCUCACAAAAUUUUACAAUGUUUUACAGCAACACGCACAGGUAGUUAAUCUUUAACAAAAAAUCUUUAACAGACGGACGGACAGACAGACAGACAGACAGCUUACAAGCUUGUUUUUGAGGAAAUUAUUUCGUUGGAAAUUUUAAUGAAAAUUGUUGUAAAAUAAAUCAAUUGGUUGCUCAUCUCAUGAUUGGCGAAUUUAUUAAUUUUGGUUGGAAUAAACCAUAUUUUUGUUGGAUGGUAUAAAAUAAAUCCGUAGUUAAUUACAUAAAUUAAUUUUUAAACUACUAAAUAGGCACUACAACAUAUAUAAAUCUAAUUAUUCUACCUAAUCUGUUCCGGGGGAGCGAUAAUUCGUUGAAUCCGAAGGAAAACUCAGUCUCGGAUAAUUCCCAUUCCCGGAAAAAUAAGUAACAACCCUAGAAAAGGUCCGCGACUAUCAGUUUUCAUGCCCCCCCCUACUCGACAUUAUACAUAUGCAAUAACAAGCGUUAAUUACUUGCUUUAUUUCGUAUUCGGUAUCAAUUAGUGUUCAAUUGCAACAUUUUAAGUGUAACAUGUAUGAUUUAAUAUAUCUUAUACUUGCCUCAUUUUGAGCCUGUGUAGCCACUGGAGGUUGGAAUAAAAUCCAAUCAUUUUUAAAAAAGACCAAUUUAAACCAGAGCAUGAACAAAGCAAUUAUAAAUAUGAGAUAAAUAGAUCAAACUUCCUCUGCAGAGAAUGUAACUGAAUAAGAAGAACUUAAAGAUAUUCAAGAAGCUCAAAUAGAAACUUGCAAAAGCCACUCAGCUUUUAGAAACAGCAAGCAACCAGA